UACUUCCGGUUUGUGGGGAAAACGUCAACACCUCCGUCCGUGGAUUCGUGUUCAUUGCUGUCAGAUCGAGCGUGAGAGGAGGUGUGUUGCAGCUCACAGUCGGUUUUACGGCAUCAUGAGCCAAAGGACGGAGAGACGUGGGAUACAUGUGGACCAGUCCGACCUGCUGUGUAAAAAGGGCUGUGGUUACUAUGGCAACGCCGCCUGGCAGGGCCUGUGCUCCAAGUGCUGGAGGGAGGAGUACCACCGGGUGCGCCAGAAGCAGAUUCAGGACGACUGGGCCCUGGCAGAGAAGUUGCAGCGCGAGGAGGAGGCGGCGUACGCCAGCAGCCAGGGAGUCCAGGCCCACCCCCAGUCCAGCACUCCUCAGCAGCCCCAGAGCCACACUCCGCUGGGACCCUUCUCCAAGUUUGAGGAGAAGAAAACCAACGAGAAGACGCGCAAAGUCACCACGGUGAAGAAGUUCUUCAGCCCUUCGUCACGUACCGCGCCAAAGAAAGCAGAGUCUCCAGAAAGUAAAACUCCCAGUCCAUCUGUGAGCCGUCACGCCAGUUUCGACACCGAUCAGGUGUCCAAGGACUUCGUGGACUUCCUGAAGAACCUUCAGAAACCAGGGCGCGAGAUCCACAAGCAGUGCCGAGUGUUUCUGAUGAACAUGUCCAGCAAGAAGCAGGACAUCAACGCCGACGAGCUCUCCGAGUGUGUGCAGGACUUCUACCAGGGCAUGGCUGACCGCUUGAUGGGUCACUUCAAAGGUUCCUCCGAGUCGGUGGAGCAGGUGAUGGACCAGGUGGAGAAGUACAUCAUGUCUCGUCUGUACAAGAGCGUCUUCUGUCCCGAAACCACUGACGAUGAGAAGAAGGACCUGGCGACCCAGAACAGGAUCAGGGCCUUACACUGGGUCACCAUCCAGAUGUUGUGCGUGUCCAUGGACGAAGAAAUCCCAGAGGUGUCGGAGAACGUGGUCAAAGCUAUAACAGACAUCAUCGAGAUGGACUCCAAGAGAGUCCCUCGGGACAAACUGGCGUGCGUGACUCGCUGCAGUAAACACAUCUUCAGCGCCAUUCGGAUCACCAAGAAGGAGCCGGCCUCGGCGGACGACUUCCUCCCAGCGCUCAUCUACAUCGUGCUGAAGGCCAAUCCUCCUCGACUGCAGUCCAACAUCCAGUACAUCACCCGCUUCUGCAACCCCAGCAGGCUGAUGACCGGAGAGGACGGCUACUUCUUCACCAACCUGUGUUGCGCCGCAGCCUUCAUCGAGAAGCUGGACGCUCAGUCCCUCAACCUGUCCCCUGAAGAAUUUGAGCGCUACAUGUCGGGCCAAGCCUCGCCGAGGGCGCAGACCUCCGGCGGCGACUGGGGCCCGGCGGCCGUGACGGCGUCCAACCCCGUCCUGGCUCAGAUGCACCACAACCUGGAGCUGCUGACGGAGCUGAGCAGCCGGCAGGAGCGGCUGAUGGAGGCGGCGCAGAGUCUCCACGCCGACCUCCUCUCCUGGCCCGCGGCGGUGGAGCAGGAGGUGCAGGGCGUCCUGGAGAAGUUCCCGCUGGAGAUCAAGUCCUGCACCGUGGCUGCCAUCGACGACGGCGACGUGGACAACGACAACCUGCCGCCGCCGCUCACGCCGCAGGUCUUCGCAGGGUAGACCCGCCUGCCAGACUCCCUGUGAACGCCAGGAUCUGAGGAACGCCUACUGAGGUUCUGUCUCUCCAACACUCCCUCUGAUUUUAUGUAGCACCUGAGGAAGGAAUCCUCACUUUUAUCUGCAUCAGUCACAUGAAAGUUCAGCCGUCACUAACGUCUCAUGUCGCUAGCUUCCUUGACAAAUGAAGAUCAUCCACUACAGAGUCGAGACGGAGCUGCGGUUCUGUUGCCAGUGUUAGGUUUUGAACUAGAAAAUCUGUGUUGAAUGUCAAGUUGGCUGCUGCACUGCGCCGCAAGAGGACAGACUUGAGUUUCUGAUUCCGACUGGUCCCACAUUUCACAUCCCAAACUGAGAGUGUUUCAGUCCUGAAGGCAGCUGGUGUCUUGUUCUAAAGUGAGUGUAAAUGGUGCUGUGGCCUCUGCAGUGGCAGAUGAAGGGAUGUUCCGUCCUGGAUCUAGUGGGGGCGGAGUACAGGCUCCGUCUUGCUGGAUCGUCCCUGGUCUGCUGGGUCACCACAAAAUACUUCACCACCCCGGGAAACAGUGUUUCAACGUUGAGGCAACUUUAAAGUAUUUAUUUUCAAACACUGUAUCAUUCUUAAGUCGAGAAUUUUGAGCUUGACGUGUAUUUUAACCUGAGUAACGCGAGGAUUUCUGCGUCGUGUGAAACCCGAUUCUCACUCCGAGUGUGUGCAUUUUUCUGUGUGCGAGGACGAAACCAUCUUUGGUUCUGCUGGACUUUCUGUAAUGUGCUUUUUUUUUUUUUUUUGUCAAAAAAGGUCAAAAAUAAACACACUACAUUCUGAGG